AUGCGACAGCGCGGAGCUGGGACGCGCAAAAUCAAGGAGGUUGAUUUCGGUUUUUCCUUUGGAGGCGCAGCGAUUGGACCUUCGAAUUCAGCUGCGGUACCUCUUGUCCCUGAGCCGAAAGAACCGUCGCAACCUGAGACCGCGCCGACACCUGCAGCAUCACCAGCGUUGAAGGAUUCACAAGGAAUUGGCAGCGUACGGCGCACACCGGGAAGCGCGCGCAAUCAACUACCCCAGCGCCCGUCAACAUACGACAUACCUUCUGACGACGGACCUGCACAGUUGCGUAGCAACAAGAGGCGGAAAAUCAGUCCUCCAAGCCAAGACGAUGGCUCUCCUUCGCGUCCCAAGACAUUGCGCGCCAGAAAAAGCAUCUCCAUCACAGCUCAGAAUGGCGACACAGGGCCCGCCACAAGAAAUCUGCUGAGCGCCUCCAUAUCAGCGACCGGACCCGAGACAACGCACGAUCAGACAAUAAGGGAGGUAAACCAGGGUGCCAACGGCGUAGAGGUGGACCUGACAGCUGCUUCUGAGCCGCCACAGAGCGGUCCUACGAUUCCUGACCGCACCCGGCCAUCUAAGGUCCCAAUACGCAAGACUCAACCAGCUGUUGACCUAGCCCAACCUACCCGGCCAUCCCUCGAGAAGAGCCGUAAGAGUGGGUCACCACAACAAGAGGAAAGUCCGGCGAAGAGGCAUUCGCAAAAGUCUACGCCACCGACUAUCCAGGAAGACGAUCAAGCGAAGACGAAGGGCUUACGAAGGCGUGGCGAACUGGCCGAUGGUGCUGAAGCUACUCAAGUUCAAGCUCCGGCAUCGGAUGCCAACGCGAAGAAGGGACAGGAGGACAGCGAGCUUGCACGAGAUACUGCCACGGAAGCCGAAAACGACAACCAAACAACGCAAAGGCCAUCAUCCCGGGAUGGGCCCAAGUCCAAGCGUGGCCGGCCGCGCAAUGCUAAUAGCAGGAGCUCUCCACCACAACCCGCCGAGAAUGUGGCGACGGAACCAGAACGAGAGCCGGAGCAGCGCAAUGAAUCUGUGCAUGCCACCUCUCAAGCCCCUUCGGAGAAGAAACGCCCCCGUGGUAGACCGUCGCUUGCAAAGAAGACGGUUGAUGCAACCGUGGGGGAUGUGAUACCGGAGGCUGAAUCCGCAGCGCGAGACGAACCUGAAAAUGCCCCAUUAGAAGUGCCACCAAAAGCCAAACGCCUUCGCGGUAGACCGUCCCUUGCUAUGCAGACGUCUGAAGUACCUGAGAUUGAAGGUCGGCCAGAGAGCUCAGGCAUGUCAAAGAUUGCCGCAGGCGAGUCAUCUACAACGGCGGCGCGCCCAGGCCGCAAAGCUUCAAAGAAAAGACAAAAACGACCGCAGCCAGAACCAGAACCAGAAAUGGAACCCGAGGUACAAGCUAGUCAAGAGCUGGACCCGCAGCCAGGAGCAGAUGUACAGACAGAGACAGAGGCUGGACCUCCGAAGUCUCGGCGUGGUCGUCCUAGCAAAAAGGCCAUGCGAGCUGGAGGAUCGGAGGCGCCGCCCUCAGAAGAGCAGCCAGACACCGACGAACCACCAGAGCCACGCCGAAAGACAAGAGAAGCCCGGGGAGAAACCGUCCCUGUUACCGUUCAUCGUCUUGCGAAUGCUUCUGCUUUGGGUGCUAUGUAUGCUUCCGGCAAUGGCUCCAGCGACGAGGAGGAGGGCUCUGCCGACGAACUCUCGACCCGCCAGAAGACCAAAUUGCCCAACCGCGGUGGAGUCAAUCCAGCGGAUGUGCUGAGUCAAAUCUGUCGCGAGACAUUGGAGAAAACUCUCAACAAGCUCAAGGUCGGGAUCGAGAACGAGACAAAUAACCAAAAACGCGCCGAAUGGUCCCGCAAACGGAAGGCUGUGGAAGCGUUUGGCUUGGAGCUGGAUAGCCGUCUCUUGGACCUGAGUGAGAUGCUCGACAGCAACUUCGUCCUUGGCAUGCAGCUCAAGAAAGCGAAGCGUGAUAUGAUGGAUCUGCGAAGCCAUCUGUACAAGGUACGGAAGGAGCGCGAGAGUAUAGCUAUACAAAUGGAUGCGGUGCGUGCCAAGCAUAUGGAAGAGGAGAAGGCAAAGACGGCUCGGACUACCAUCAACAACUCGCUCCAUACCGUUGAACUCGCCCUCGAUCGCAGCCAGCACCGUGCUGCGCCCAGCACAGAGCUUUCUUCGGCAGAUGUCGAGUUCAUGCUUCGCACCGUGGCUGAGGAUGUUAGCUGUCGGGCCCCUGGGGCUCAAGGGGGCCUACUGAACCAAAUCCGUGCCUUCAACAACCAACUUGAAGCGACUGCGCGGCGCCUGGAGCAAUCGUGA